AAAUAGGCGAAACCGGGGCAAGAUGGUUUCGCGCACGCGAGCAGCGAGCUGGAGAGAGCUUCGUAGAUAAAUAGGCGGGUAAGGAAGUGAGCGAACAUGCGAGGGAGAGGGAGAGAGGGGGAGAUCUGAAUUAGGGAUUUUGAAAUUCCAGCAAUCAGAAGGGGGCGACCAGGAGUGUGAGAGAGAUAGAGAGAUUUUUGUGAGUCUGCUAGAGCUAAGAGAGCGAUUUUCAACCAAUUUGAGUGUUAGGGUUUCUCCAUCUCCAUCUCUUUUUCGCUUUAGCAACUGUUCUUCAAGUUUCUCAUGGAGCGAAAGCUUGUGGUUUUGGGUAUUCCGUGGGAGGUGGAUACAGAAGGUUUGAGGGAGUAUAUGAGCAAAUUUGGAGAAUUGGAGGAUUGUAUUGUCAUGAAGGAACGGUCAUCAGGUCGCUCUCGUGGUUUUGGAUAUGUAACAUUUGCAUCAGCUGAAGAUGCAAAGAAUGCAUUAUCAAGUGAACACUUUCUUGGCAAUAGAAUGCUGGAAGUUAAAGUGGCCACACCAAAGGAGGAGAUGAGAGCACCUGCAAAGAAAGUGACAAGGAUAUUUGUGGCACGGAUUCCACCAUCUGUGACUGAAACUACCUUUCGAAGUCAUUUUGAGAAAUAUGGCGAUAUAAUAGAUCUGUACAUGCCAAAGGAUCAUAGCUCUAAAGCACAUCGUGGGAUUGGAUUUAUCACAUUUGCCAGUGCAGAUACUGUGGACAGUUUGAUGGCUGAUAGUCAUGAACUGGGAGGUUCUAAUGUAGUUGUUGAUCGAGCAACACCCAAGGCAAAUGAUUUCAGGCCAGUUGGAAGAAUGGCACAUGGUGGAUAUGGUGCUUACAAUGCUUAUAUUUCUGCAGCUACUAGAUAUGCAGCACUUGGUGCUCCAACCUUGUAUGACCAUCCAGGUCCAAUGUAUGGAAGGGAACCUACUAGAGGAAUGGGCAAAAAGAUUUUUGUUGGCAGGCUUCCUCAGGAAGCAACUUCUGAAGAUCUUCACCAGUAUUUUGGUAGAUUUGGUCGUAUAUUAGAUGUUUAUGUUCCCAAGGACCCGAAGAGAACUGGCCACAGAGGUUUUGGAUUUGUAACCUUUGCUGAAGAUGGGGUAGCAGAUCGUGUUUCUCGAAGGUCUCAUGAGAUUUGUGGACACCAGGUUGCAAUAGAUUCAGCAACACCUAUUGAUGAUGCAGGCCCAAGUGGAAAUUUCAUGAUGGAUACUGGUCCAUCUUUUGGGGGUUAUGGCGGUCCUUUACGCAACUUUGGUAGGAUGUAUGGAAGCCUUGAUUUUGAAGAUUGGGGUUAUGGAAUGGGUGGUGCUAGACCUUCAAGAGCAGAUUGGAGGUAUAGGCCAUACUAAGUGAAAGGUUGUGGCCAUGGAGAACUGUGAUUGGCUUUGAAGUCUUUUACUGGUGUCAACAGGAUAUGCAUGCUGGAUGAUCUGAAAUUUCUUAAAAUAGUAGAAUAAUCAUUGGACUCUGUCAAGAUGUAUAUUUUUUUUUUGGUUUUAGCAAUGGAGGAUGCUGAACACUUGAACUCUAUCUUCAAUGUCAAGCUGUUCAAAAUGUAGUUCUAAUGGCCACUUAGUUGUGUAGGAAUGCAGCUGGGGAUAUGAAUCAUAUCCUACACGGCUAAACCUAGACUGAGAAUGCUACUUUGUCCGUGUUGUAAGUUAGAUAUUUAUUAUUCUUGAAUGUGGCAUUGGAUUGGUUUUUCGUUUA